AUGCUGCUUUUCGCAGUCGUCGUGUUGGUCAUCAUGGCCCUCACACUGAGAAACGACGCCAUCGACGUGCGCGGCCGCAUCAUGAAGACGGGGACCGGUGUCAAGUCAUCCAUCACACACCAACAACCCCUGGACGCCGUCAAGUCCCACGCCUCCUCGUCUCUCUCCGACAAGAUCCCCGCCGAGCCCGCUCCCUCAACGACCCAUGUCAUGAACUGCGAUGUCAACACCGAUCACCUUAGGACGCUCAAGGACAAAUACGGCCUCGCCGACAAGAUCCACUACUUCAAGCGCUACGUCACCUUCACCCGUAAGGCCAUCCAGCGCAAGGGCUACACCGUUCUGGACCAGGACUUCCUCCCCAAGAAGUUCAAGACGGUCGACAUCGGCAAGUCGUACGCCCCGGAGGACUGCGCAGCCCCUCUGGAAGUCCCCGUCACCCAGUCCCCCUACCCCUCCACCGUCAAUGCCUCUGACUUCAUGUUCGCCGUGUCCACCACCUACAAGCGUUUCAACGACCCCAAGACCAGUCCGAUCAAGGAGUGGUCCCACUGGCUAACCGACAGCAACGGCAAGUCCAACGGCGGCAAGCUUCUGCUGCUCCUUCUCGACGCCAGCGACGCCGAGCUCAAGGACGCCAGCGACAGGCUCAAGAGAGUCGGCAUCGACGCCGAUGUGGCGCACUCGGACCCCUCCAUGGAGAUGGCCGUUCGCUACUUGACCCUCGUACCCUACCUCUACAACCAUCCCGAGCGGAAGACAAGAAAGUGGCUCGUCACUUGCGACGACGACACAUACUUCCCCAGCAUGCACGGUCUCAUUGACAAGUUUGCUACUUUCGACCACCUCGACCCUCUCUACAUCGGAACCCUCUCCGAGGACGUCAACGCCAUUCACCGCCACGGAUCCCAGGCUUUCGGCGGUGCCGGCGUGUUCCUCAGCGUACCUCUCGCAGCUGCCAUCAACCAGUUGUACGAGUCGUGCAAAACGGAGCAAAAGGUCAAGGAGGCCAACUCCGGCUGGGGCCCCCAAGGCGACAUCCUUCUUCGCAAGUGCAUUUACGAGAAUACCGAGGUCCGCCUCACCAACCUGUGGGAGCUGUGGCAGCUUGACUUGUUCGGCGACCCAGCUGGCUUCUACGAGUCUGGCAUCAAGCCCCUGAGCCUGCACCACUACAAGGGAGGCGGCUGGCACUUCGCCAAGCCCUUCCAGUCGUCCAAGGUUGCCCACGCCUGUGGCGAGGACUGCUCAUACCAACGAUUCAUCACGGCUGACGACUUCAUUAUCGCCAACGGCUUCAGCAUUGCCCACUACCCCCAGGGCAUCGACUUUAACCUUGACCAGAUGGAGCGCACCUUCACCCCCGCUCCCGAUGAUAUUGGCUGGAACCUGGACUACAUGUUCGGUCCCCAGCGCCGAUCCCUGCACAAGACUGGCCGAAAGAUUGCCUGGGAGCUUCAGGAGGCUCACGUGCAGGAAGACGGAUCCGUGCUUCAGGUCUACACGAGGAGAAAGGACGACGAGCGCUGGGUUGAGGAGGACGGCGAGCCCAUGAGCAAGAUUGAUGGCAUCAUCGAACUUGUCUGGAUUCCCUCGACAUGA